AUGCCUUUGCUGUCGGACUCCAUCAGCACCACAUCAGUCGGCCCGUCCGUGCUUCAGCCUCCUGUAAAACGUGUUGCAGUAGAAGACAACUAUGAUGAACCAGACUCAGCGACAACAGUCGCCCCCAGGUCCACCAUCACCGAUGGAAUCCCCCAUAUUUGUGACUAUGACCCCUGUGUGGCUCAAAAGACCCCCUGCACUGAGAUUUCGGCCAAGACGGGCUGCCUCUGUCCGGGGAUGACAGGCUGGGAUAGGAAGCCUAAGGCCCCGAAGCUUCGGGAGGUCAAACUGGAACAGUCGGGACAGGUGGUCGUCCACUGGUGUGCUCCUUCUUCCAAUGUCACACAUUAUAAAGUAAAUCUAAAAUGUGGAGAUAUGCAACAGCAAAUUUUCGGGGAACAUUUGCGGAAUGCUACCGUCCCUGGGCUUAAGGUCGGAGAGACGGUCUGUGUGUCUGCCGUAAAUAUGGCAGGGAUCAGCGAAGAGUCAUGUGCCCAAUACAAGCCCCCAGAACUGGACAACACUCAAAAAAUAUUUAGGCCUAAUUCAUAA